GGGGCCCCUCCCCGCCGGGCUGGUGCGUCAGGUCCCCUCCCAAGCGGCAGCGGUGAGCGGCACCCUCGGACCCGCGCCGGUACCGCUGCGGACCUCCAGGGCACCCCAGUGCUCAGCCUCGCCGCCCCCAGUUCCAGCCGCGCGCGACAGUGCCUCUGCAGUGAGAUUCAGGGAAACGCGGAAAAAUGCGCUUCCAGGAACUUUACAACUCUUGCCUUUCUUCGGUCGGGAAAGACAUUUUAUAAACUCUUGGGAGUUUUAGCCAGAAAUUUGCAUCGGAACCGCCUUGGGCUUUUCUGGAGGUUCCACAGACAUCGCUUGGGAGACCGUCAACCCCCCCCACGCACCGUUAGACUUGGUUCCUUCAAUUAUGAGCAAUCUGUUGAAUCCAGAUGCCAUUUUCUCAAACAAUGAGAUGAGCCUGUCAGACAUUGAAAUCUAUGGCUUUGAUUAUGAUUACACAUUGGUGUUUUAUUCCAAGCACCUCCACACGCUGAUAUUUAAUGCUGCUCGGGACCUUCUCAUCAAUGAACACCGGUAUCCCGUGGAAAUCAGGAAGUAUGAGUAUGAUCCCAAUUUUGCAAUUCGCGGACUUCAUUAUGAUGUGCAGCGGGCUGUAUUGAUGAAGAUUGAUGCUUUUCAUUACAUCCAGCUGGGAACUGUCUACAGAGGCCUCAGUGUUGUCCCUGAUGAAGAAGUUAUUGAAAUGUACGAGGGGUCCCACGUGCCUUUGGAACAGAUGAGUGACUUUUAUGGAAAGAGUUCCCACGGAAACACCAUGAAACAGUUCAUGGACAUCUUCUCCCUGCCUGAGAUGACCCUCCUGUCCUGUGUGAACGAGUACUUUCUGAAGAACAACAUUGACUAUGAGCCUGUCCAUCUGUACAAAGAUGUCAAGGAUUCAAUUCGAGACGUGCACAUCAAAGGAAUCAUGUAUAGGGCAAUCGAGGCAGAUAUUGAAAAGUACAUCUGCUAUGCUGAGCAGACCCGUGCGGUGUUGGCCAAGCUGGCUGAUCAUGGAAAGAAGAUGUUUCUCAUCACCAACAGCCCCAGUAGUUUUGUGGACAAAGGGAUGAGGUAUAUUGUUGGAAAAGACUGGAGGGACCUGUUUGAUGUGGUCAUCGUUCAGGCCGAGAAGCCAAACUUCUUUAAUGAUAAGCGGAGACCUUUCGGCAAGGUGAAUGAGAAAGGUGUCUUGCUCUGGGAUAAAAUCCACAAGUUGCAGAAAGGCCAGAUUUACAAGCAGGGCAAUUUAUAUGAAUUUUUAAAGCUUACGGGAUGGAGAGGAUCCAAAGUGUUGUAUUUUGGUGACCAUAUAUACAGUGACCUGGCGGAUUUGACCCUGAAGCAUGGCUGGCGAACUGGCGCAAUUAUUCCAGAGUUAAGAUCUGAGCUCAAAAUCAUGAACACGGAGCAGUACAUUCAAACCAUGACCUGGCUGCAGACCCUGACCGGGUUAUUGGAACAGAUGCAGGUUCACAGAGAUGCCGAGUCACAGCUGGUUUUGCAGGAGUGGAAGAAAGAAAGGAAGGAGAUGAGAGAAAUGACCAAAAAUUUCUUCAACGCCCAGUUUGGAAGCUUGUUCCGCACAGACCAGAACCCCACCUACUUCCUGAGGCGCCUGUCACGAUUUGCUGACAUCUAUAUGGCGUCCCUGAGCUGCCUCCUGAACUAUGAUGUCAGCCACACGUUCUACCCCAGGAGGACUCCACUGCAGCAUGAGCUUCCCGCAUGGGCUGACCGGCCCCCCACCUUCCGACUCCCUCUCCUGCAGGAGGUCCAGGCCAAAUAACCAGGUACCUGCCUGAGGAAGACAUCAGCAACAGUGAUGGCUCCUGCGUGGGUGGACGUGGUGGGCUUGGCUUUGUGUGGACGUGCAUGUUGCUUUUGGAGGAGAUGCAAACAUGCCUUUUGAUACUUGUUUGUACCUUGUGGAGAAUACUCCCCAGGUUGUUGGGACAGAAGCUAGCAGCCCACCAGUCCUGCCUUCAUGUUUCCUGCACUGUUGGGUUGAAUGACCAACUUCAUCUGACACCUUGAUUAGGCUUUUUGUUUACCCAGGUACUGUAACUGGGGCCAGUUUUCUUGGGUAAGUGAGACUUGUUGUGCCAUGUUUGUAGCCAGCAGGUGAAGCCCUGAAACUCGACUCUUCAUGGAGAAUGUGCUGAGCAGCCACAGGCAUGCACUGGGAACAGCAGGGGCAUAUGUUACUCAGCAAUAACUGCUAGUGAAAAGCCGCCGGAGUUAGUGAGCUCUCCAGCAGUGUGACAUGACCGUCAGUAGCAGAGAUGAUCCCCCAGGAGCAGCCCACUCCCAGAUCCUUUGGUACCCGGGCUUUGGCAUUCUGGGGCAUCACUUGGAAGAAGACAGCCUCCCUGGAAAGUCUUAUGUGAGAAGGAACCAGAGAAGUUCAAGUCCUUGGUUGGCCGCAGUGUCCCCUUCCUGUGCAUACUACCCCCUGCUGAGGAAGACAAAUGAACCACAAGUGAUGGGCGGGUUCACUCCUUCCCCAGAGGAGCAGGGCGAGGAGAGAAGAGCUGUGGUUAAAUUUCCAGCUAGCAGAACAGACUGCACAAUAGGGCUGUGAGAAAUGGGCAGGUCAGAAGAACCUUUGUGGUGGGUCUCCCAGGAGUUCAUUCAUUACACCUGAACAUGCCAUCUAGGUGUUGGUUAAGUGUGCUACGUGGCAGAAGAUAAUGAAACAGGAAAAAUAAUUUCCUUAUAAAGAGAUGCUAUGCCAUGAGCCCUGCUAGGUUGUGUUGGUGUCUCAUGGAAACAUACACAUUUCCGGUAGCUGUCCUUGUGUGGAGGGUGACUUGCAGGUGCCUGCCUCUGGUGGAUUGUCAGCGGAGGGGAGGUGCUGAAUUCAGCACUGGGGGAGGCGGAGCCUCCCUGCUCAGCCCUCUCCAGUCCUCGCCUCCCCUGGGACGCCUUCCCUGCCAUGUUCAUGUGGCAGUUAGGCUGGAAGUUGGGGUGGUCUUCUUUGGGUGUCUUUAAGAUGGGAGAGGAUAAAGGGCACGGAAGCUAAGAGAAAAAGAAUGAUCCAGGUAACCGAGUAUUCUUGUUUCCUAGGACAAUGCAAGUGACAUAAAUCCUUAAGCCUGAAGAAUGGCGGACAUGGGAAGGAAGCUUGUGGAGAGUGCUUGCUUAUUUAGCAUUUUAUUUUAAGAAGUUUUUCAGAACCAGGUACUGAUGAAAUGCUAGCUUGACAUUCCGUAGGCUACCUGCCAAAACGCACAACUUAAAGGUGCAAUGUAGCAUCCUUUGUAAUGCCGCUUGUAAGGGGAUUUUUUGUUGUAUUUUACUAUACGAAGGUGGCCCUUUAGACCCAGCAGACCCAAUCAGGCCCUCUUUUACCCUUCUGAAUAUUGUUAUAAACACAGGACUCCAUUUCUUUUUCAGAAUGGGGUAGGCAUAUGGUUUGCUGUUUGUUAGCUCCUGUGUGUUUUAAGCACCAGAGUGUAUGGGCGGGGAGACUGGUGCUUAGCGGGUGCAGGGGGCUGGCCAGAUCUGCUUGGUGUUAAGGUCUUUAAAGGAUGUGCUGGCACUCCUGGCUCAUGGUUUCUGCUGGGAGAAGCUGAGUUGAGGGAGUAGGUAUUGCUGAAAAAUUUUUUCUUUGUUUUUAUUGAGUCAUCUAGAUAUUCAUUGGCUGUCUCCUUGGUGCUAGCUUACAGGUUGUUUGGUUUACUCCAGAAUGAGAUAAAACUAUUUUUAAAACACGUUUGCAUGGCUGUCCAAGUUAGGUGACCCAAGCCUUUGGGGCAGAAAUACAUUUUCUGGGUAUGAAUAGUGAAUUUUGCAACUUAUUACUAAUUAGGGUUUCAUUCUCAAUGCUGUUGAACAUGGCAGUUCAUGUGAGAUCUACCACGUGGCAGAAGUCUGGCAUCUGUCCUAGCAGGGCCGCCAAGUGUCAGGACAGCCAUUUCCAUAUGAGGGACAAAGGCAUUGUCUUCGUCUGUGCUCAGUCAAGGUAGAUUUUAACUUGUCACUGUCACAGCUCAACUGGGAUUUGACUCACCGCACCGUGCGUUCUCUUCCUUCCCGUUCUCUGGUGUGCACAUGAAUGAAAGCAUAUUGGGACAAGGGACGUGAGCCUACUUUCUCCCAUUUAAAAAUCAAUUUGGAAAGCAACCAGAAUAAAAUUAGUUUGCACAUUGAAUAAUAUUUUCUGUUUUUAGUCUUGGUUAGAAUGACUUUGUAAAAACUUUGUGAACAAAAAUUCAUAGUUCCGGGCAGUCCAUGCCAGCAGGUGACAGUUCAGCCAGGCUCCUGGUACCUGUAGCAGGUUGCCUGGGAGGGGACCUGCAUAACUGGUUUUUCCAGAGUGGCUUUUAUAAAGGAAACUUGGCUUUUAAAGUAUUUUAGGAGUUUGUUGUAGAGCUCCCACUUUCCUCCUAACAGCCUCUUUUAAAAAAAAUUCUCUUCAGCUCCAUUUUUUUGCUGUACCAUUAAAUGCCAUGUAAACAUAAACCACCUGUUACUGAUUUGGUUCAUCUCAGACUAAAUUACUAGUUGCUUUGAUGCAUUGGAUUAUUGCAAAGGAGAAAUGAAAAGUAAUCUUUCUUCCUAGCUAAUUUAGUUUGGGCGAACCAAAUGGCUUUCCCUCCCUCUUCCUCCCAAAAGGCUUUUGAAGCAGUUGAGUGUGCUAAAUAUUGGAAUUGGAUUCCACUAUGCCAAAUGCUCAUUUGUUGCCAAAGACCCACUUGGGGAUCCUUGUCUAGAAUGCUCUAAGACUAAAUUUGGCUAGAGGCAGGGUUCCUUGAUUGCUCUAUUCAACUACUUAGAGAGCCUAUGUUUUGCCUUCUUAAUACUGAUUUCCUUUUUUUUUUCUUUCAUUAGCAUUUGAGAGCUUGGCUCCAAGUUCAGCCAACCCUUAACCAACCCUAGUGGUUUAAGGAAAGGAAAGGAAAUGAAGUUUCUCUAAUGAAGGGUUCCCCAAACUUUUUCUGUAAAGGGCCAGAGAGUAAAUACUCUGGGCUUUGCAGGUCACUUUCUGUCACCACUGCUCGGAAUGGGCACGGCUAUGUUCCAUUACAGCUUGAUUUACAAAAAGCAGUCUGUGGCCUGGAUUUGGCCUUUGGGCCAUAGUAUGCUGGCCCCUUCUGUAAUGGGUUGUGUUGGUAUCUUUGAAUGCAUGCAGGGGGACAAGUUUCUAGUGUGUGCAACUAGCAGAAGGCAGUCCCAUAGGUACGAGCACCAUAUUCCUGUAAGAAUGUUCCCCCAAGAAUGAACUCUUCUCUGGGCCUAUUUAUUUAUAUGGUCAGUAGUCAAGUACUGUGUUUCCAGAACCUGGCAUAACUGUUGUGUGUGACACAGCUGUCAGGCUCAGGCACUGGUGAAUGUACCUCUUGUUGCCCUAGGCUGUGAUUGUGCCACUAGUGGGAAGGAUGCGCUUGGCUGCCCAGAAUAUCCUUUGGGAUCGAGGGUUUAUUCUCCCAGCUGCAGGGCGAGCCACAGUCUUACUGUCAAUCCUCUGGGAGAUUCCCCUUCAGAGAAGCCCUGCCUUGGAUGAGGUCACGCUCCCUCCUGGAGCACCCCCUGCCUGGCCCCCUGGGACCUCUCUGUGUCUGCACUGCCACCCCACUCCUGCCUGCCAGCCCUGCUUCCUUCCUUUUGCGUUUCUCUCCUUCCAUCCCAGAUGUUGAUCGCAUGAACACUUUCCUUAAAUGGCCUGCAUGGGGCUGCCCAUCUUGCAUCUGCUUCCCAGGAGCACAGCCUGCAACAGUGCUUCUCACUUUUUUGAGUCUUGCAGGCUUCAACUCUGACUUAGGAAACUGGGUUCUGAUUAUUUAAUAGAAUGACAGAUUGUGCCUCUCUGAUGGGAGGCACAAAAAAUGCAAAGCAUGCAGGUUCAUUAUUUAUUCUGAAUGUGAAUUUGCCAUUUAUUGUAAAUGUUAAUUUUAUGUUAUAUGAUAUUGAACUCAUUGCCAAAUAAAAGUUUGAAUUGCAUUGUCUAGUUUACUGUAGGUCUGUUUUUUUGUGGGCUUACGUUAGUGGCAAAGCCAUAGCAAAUUCUAAUGUAUCUAAGAAAGUACAUCCGUGCGAGGAGUGGCAGAUGUGGGGUGCGUUCCUCUCUCCCCUUGGCCCGUCACCCCAGCCAUGCACUCUCACUUGUUUUCAGAGUUGAAGGCUGUGUCAUUAAGACACAGGUGGAAAAUUGGUGUGAACGUGCCUUAGGUGGGCAGCGGGUAACCCAUGUGGAAUUUCAUUCUCUGACAGACAGUCCCUCCUUGCAAACAGGAAGCUGGUGAUCCACAUGUUUGUCUGCAAAUUACCAGGGAAGCUGGAAACUGGAAGCAGUGUUACAAGGGAAGAAAAUACUGAAUAGUACUCAAUUAGGAGAGAAUGACAUGUAGUCAAAUCACAACUGGGUUUUGGAUAAAUAUUUUGAAGACCUUGUUUGUUUUUUUAAACUAUGUAAGUGUGUGUGGUGUGUGUGUGUGUAUGUGCAUGCAUGUGUGCAUUUAAACACCCUUGAGCUGUUAAAUUUAAAUACCUAAAUAUCCUCGACUUUCAUUGUACCAGGGCCUGAGUCUUGUGCACUCUUCCCAUGACUCCAUGGACGGCCUGCUGUUUUUCCUGUUAGUCACUUGCCUAUUUGUGGUUGUGAUGGUGGUGUUGGUGGACUCACUAGGGAUCUGGUCCACAUUUUUUCCGGGAGGGAUUUCCUGGAAAUGCGGCAUUGUUCCCAUCAUGGCAUGUCACCCUAGAGAAGCUGAUGUACUGUUCCUUUGCCUGAAACUGGGACUUCUUCCCUGUCUUGGAGUUGUGAAAAAGCUUACAUGACGUUCUGGGGCUUCCAGAAUUUUGGACUUGAUGCAGCAGAAGCCCUGGUAAUGUGGAACAAAAUUAUUUGGGCCAUGAGGGCACCAGGAAGCAGAGUAGGAGACCUGAUUUGCCCAGCCUUUCACUUCUCUGUCCCCAGCUGGUUCCCAAGCCUGCCCAGUACUACCUGCCAGGGGC